CAUGUGUCUGUCACACACUGCACACAAGAAGAAAGUGGGCUUGAGGAAAUUCCUAAAGAGGAUAAUACAGAGGUCCAUUGUGCAGGGGAUGCAGCAACAGAAACUCAUCUAAAUGAAGCAUUCCAUGAGUUAAAAAGGAGGUCAUCGGGCACUCUCCCUGGGGACAGCUUGCUUGCAUUCGGGGAGCUGCUCAUUGCUGAGUAUCCACGUAAGGGAUGGGUGGACUACAGGAAGAUGUUCCAGCUGAAAGAAGGGGCUCAUUUGCACAUCUCCCGGGGGAUUAUCCUACAUGAUGACAUAGCUGGGCAGUCUGCAGGUCGGUUCUUGAAGACGAAUGGGGGGGUUCCUAUCUUCAUACAUCGUGCCAGUCUGGAGGAUUAUGUGCUGCAUAUGAAGAGGGGGCCAGCCAUUGCCUACCCAAAGGAUGCAUGCACCAUGCUGCUGCUGAUGGACAUCACAGAGGGAGACCAUGUGCUGGAGUCUGGCUCCGGGUCAGGGGCCAUGACUUUGUUCCUGUCUAGAGCAGUGGGCUCUAAAGGCAGAGUGCUGAGUGUGGAGAUCAGGGAGGACCACCUCAAGAGAGCCACAUUGAACUACGAGUGCUGGCGGACAUCGUGGAGUCUGCGCAGAGGGGUGGAGUGGCCCGACAACGUGCAGUUUCACAAUGCUGACCUCUGCACGGCUUCAUGGCUCCUUGCUGGUCAUGGAUUUCAUGCGGUUGCUCUUGACCUGAUCCACCCUCAGCUGGUUUUACCCACAGUGCUUCCACAUCUGCACACUGGAGCUGUGUGUGCUGUCUACCUGGCCAAUAUAACACAGGUCAUUGACCUGCUGGAGGGUCUUCGAUGCUCUGCGCUUCCUUUAUUGUGUGAACGCAUCAUUGAGGUUCCAGUGCGAGACUGGGUGGUGGCUCCAGCCAUGUGGAAAGACCGAGGGUACUACAGCAGGAAAGCUCCAAUCCUGGAGGAAAACCAAAGGAAGGAGGCAGAGGAGGAGACAUCGGAUGAGACUGACAGAGAGUUGGCCACAGAGCAGCAUCCAACCUUUAGGACUGUUCCCUACAUUGCCAGACCUCACCAUCAACAAAGCAGCCACACAGCAUUCCUGGUGAAACUGAGGAAGUGUGUGUGAAGUAUCUGCUCAGCGAAUAAGGAAUCCUGGACAUAAAUUGUCAUUUUAUUUCCUUACUGCAAAUAAUUUGGAGAAUAAAGGUCAUCAGAGUAACUAUGCUAUAUGUUGUAGUGCAGUGGUCCCCAACCCCCGGGCCGCGGACCGGUACCGGUCCGUG